CUUACGUUUCAUGUACUUGUGCGGCCGCGUAUAUCAACCAUCACCAUUGUGGCCUUGUGCUUCCAACUUUUAGUUGCGAUUGUCAGUUUGUCUUAGUUUCAUGCUUGUUGUGAAUUGCUUUUCCACGUAAAUUUGAGUACAUUCCAUGUGCUAACUGAGUUGUCCGCUCAAUUUUUUGUUUUUUACUCUUUUAGAUAAUCUUACUUUCCACUCUUCAGUUUUUCAGUGGACAAAGUACCUUCUACCUAAACAAAAACUAAACAGAUUCUGAAGUUACUCCACAACUCUUCAAUAUACGUCCACAAACAAGUUGGUGCAAGCUUCAUAUAGAUUCCCUGGAUAUUCUUCAGUUCACACUUAUGCGUUUCAACUUAUUACUUGUCUUCUUCGCUGCCUAUCGUUAGUUUAUUCAUUUCGGUUAGUUAGAGGCUGUCUGGAUUGUAGUCUUGUUCUUUCAGACUACUGUACUGUCUAAGUCUAUUUAUAUAGCCUACGUAUACAUCAAUUGACUACCAAGCUAUAAAAUAAAUGGAUUGGUUGAUGGGAAAAGCUAGAGGGGUAAGUCGUGGCUUCAUGCAUACCCCUUCAAGCAUCAUAUCUUCAGCUGCAGCAGAACAGAAUCCCAUCGUUCAACAUAACCCUUGCAUUUCUCCAAAUGGCACUCCCUCAGCGAGCACUAAUAGUACAGGUACUGAAACAGACAGCAGACGUUCUCCUGUUCCUGUCAAAGAGUUUUCUGCCAACGAACCUCGAAGUGGCUUCACUGUAAGGUUACGCGCACCUUCACCUUUGUCUGUAAACGUCCAAGUCUCUCAGGUGCCGAGUAAAUGUUCACAAUCACCUGAGGCGUCUGUUGGAAUAGAAAAACACGUUGAUCCUAAAACCCCAAUGUACAUGAAGAAUAUAUAUGUUUCUCAGCAAUUACCUAUAUUUUUGGAUUCAUCUUAUCCGGAAUUCUGUGAUGUGGUGGAGCCAUUUCCAGCUAUGGAUACAAAUGAAUGGCUUGCUGCGCACACAAUUGCUUUAUUUGACAAUAUUAGUACAAUAUAUGACGCCAUAUAUGAGCUCUGCAAUUGCCGAAGCCUUUGGGAGUCUCUAGAAGAUUCAGGCAUCCGCAAUAUCGUCUCAUCAUUGUUAAUAGAGAUUUCAAAUAGUUCACUUGGUGUACAAGGGGAAGAUGAUCGCGGUAAAAAAAACAAAAAUCUUAUAAUGGGUUCUAUCUCACAAUAUGGUAGGAUAUCAGCUCGUCAAGCCAUCGAUGGUGCUCUAUCCUCUUGUCAUGACCUUAUUCAAUGCCCUCGUUUAUUUCCUAUACGAAACGGUGAGCCUUUCCCUCCUGAUUUACCGCAAUAUGUUUCUGUUAUAUGUAAAAAUAUAUUGGUCUGCAUAGUUCAUUUGUAUGUUGCACAUUUUGAUAAUCUAGAUCAACUUGAGUUAAUACCUCAUAUGAAUACUCUAGCCAGGCAUUUCUUCGCAUUUAGCAAGAGGUUUUCUCUUGUUGAUGACAAGCAGUUGGAUGCUUUAGCGUGUUUUAGUCACACAGCAUUUAGUUCGAGCAAUUGAGUAGCUGUCAUUAUAGUUAUCAUACAAGUUCAUUUCUAAUAGAAUUACUAUAUCUGCAGUUAGUUGUCUUUCAUGUAACAUAAAUAAAUUUCGAAUAUCGAAUUCUCCCUUUCGAAAGCGAAUUCGCAUCCGAUUAUGCACUACAUUUUUAUAAAAAAUGCUGUUUCACGUAAUUUCAAGUUUCUUUGUCUUAUAAUAAUACUACCCUGCUCUUUUAGACAUGUUCGUUGUUUUGUUUGAUUUAAUUCAAUGUAAGUUUAUUUUAUUCCAUGACAUAAAUAUCCAGUUGUAUGUUUAUUCUUUUUAAAAUUUAAAUAAAUCACUGAUUUCGUGUAACGAAGUCUGGAGUAGCAGUUGAAUUCCUAACGCCUCAUCAUUUAACCGAUUCCAUUUAUGUAUUAUUGUACAUUUCUUUUUGUUUCUAAAGGCUUCUUAUCAUUUUAUCUCGAUCAUAUUUGCAUCGACUAAUAUUUUAGAAAUACUAGACUCAUUAUAAAACAUUAUUCUGCUCAACUAUAUUGUUUUAUGGUUUCUCUAAUCAACUUACUCAGAAAUUUUAUUGUACUUCACAAUCAUAGCAAUGUGUUCUGAAUGGUUAUGAACGUUCCUAUGAAUUAUUAAAAUUGUUAUGAUCGUUUUUGUCCGCAAAAUUAUGUGCUUGCACUUCAUGUUAAUCUUAAUAAUUUUGAGUAGUUUUUGAUUAUUAAGCCUUAUAAAAACUUACCAAAAAUAUUUGUUUGCCUAAUCUGGAUCAUACCGUGUUUGAAAGUUGAAUUCGCUAAUC